GAAGGAUGAGAGCUAGUGGGCGGGGCCGGCCGGAGCUCCGCAGCUGUGUGUGACACCUGCAGCCGGCUGGCCACUGGGGCCCCCAGAGACCCCAACAUGGUGCGCGCGGGCGCGGUGGGGACGCAUCUCCCCUCAUUCGGCCUGGACAUAUUCGGGGACCUGAGGAAGAUGAACAAGCGCCAGGGAUAAACAGAAGAUCUCUGGAGUAAGGGACCUGAUGGAGGAUGUGGAGACCACUGUGAGAACUUGCAUGCUGCAUGCUGAGGGUGGAAAGCAGAAGUGAGGGCCAGAGGUCCUGAAAGAACAGGAGUCCUAACAUGUAGCUGUACUACCAGGUUUUAAACUUUGCCAUGAUCGUGUCUUCUGCACUCAUGAUAUGGAAAGGCUUGAUUGUCCUCACAGGCAGCGAGAGCCCCAUCGUGGUGGUGCUGAGUGGCAGUAUGGAACCAGCCUUUCACAGGGGAGACCUUCUGUUCCUCACAAACUUCCGGGAAGACCCUAUUCGAGCUGGUGAAAUAGUUGUUUUUAAAGUUGAAGGACGAGACAUUCCAAUAGUUCACAGAGUAAUCAAAGUUCAUGAAAAAGAUAAUGGAGACAUCAAAUUUCUGACUAAAGGAGAUAAUAAUGAAGUCGAUGAUAGAGGCUUGUACAAAGAAGGCCAGAACUGGCUGGAAAAGAAAGACGUGGUGGGAAGAGCACGAGGGUUUUUGCCAUAUGUUGGUAUGGUCACCAUAAUAAUGAAUGACUAUCCAAAAUUCAAGUAUGCACUUUUGGCUAUAAUGGGUGCAUAUGUGUUACUAAAACGUGAAUCCUAACAUGAGAAGUGGUUCCUGGGACCAGACUGAAGUGAAUUCUGUUGAAAAAGAGAAAAAGUAAUAUAUUUGAAAUGUUCCACUUUCUGUAUAAAAGGAAACUGUGUGGAGACGUUUUUGUCUUGUCCAAAUAAAUGAUUCAUCAGUGAA